UUCCCCUGCCAUUUUUAUAUAUAUACACCAUCUUGAAACAGUUUUUUGUUUUUCUGGUUUAUAAAUAUGGGUUUCUCUGAGAAGGCACAGGUCGUGGAAGGAGGCUUUGAGUCGUCGUCGUCGUCGUCGACGUCUAAUGCUAGUAACAAAAAAUGGGUCAUCGCCGGAAUCAGUUUACGAGGGCCGUUGAAGCCAAUUUACACGGCCGAGAAAGAUCGCGAGGAUGACGACGAGAAGGAGGAGUGUCUGACGACGCCGACAGGGGAAGAGUCCAGAAUCCCACCGCCUUCCACUUGCCCGCCGGCUCCUCGGAAGCCAAAGCCGCCGGCGUCUUCUUUCAAGUGCAAGUAUCGCCGUGGCGUUAACAAGUUCUUCACUCCUCCAGAUUUGGAUACGGUGUUCAUACGCCAUGUUGAAAGAGCUAGCUGACUGAUCUGCUAUCUUCUGUAGCUCUCUUAUUUAUAGUCUAGACCUUCUCUUUCAGUUUUAGUUGUUUGCAGAUUAGCUAGAGCUAGAGCUAGAACUACUGAACUCUAUAAAACUAUUUGUAUAAACUAGUGUGAAUCAAUAAAAUGACAUCUUAAUCAGCUUCUGUUUGUUA